GGCGCCUUUUGGUGUUCUUUCUCUUCUCAGUAUGAGUAGUAGAAAAACCGGUGGCCACCGUGCACGGCUGAGCGACUGAGAAACAAAGAAUAUGCUGACAUUUUUCUCAGCCGGAACCGGUGGUGCUCCUCCGCCAGCAUUUCUACUAACUGGAACCAAUUUGAAAUGCUCUUAUUCGAGGCGUUUAACGAUCAGGGCAGGUGAAUUUCCGGAUUUUCUUCCUAUACAAAUCGAGAAUAUCAAAGACCCUUAUGCUAGAAAGCUGGCUUCACGAAUUGAGAGAAUACCAGUAAACUUAUCGAAGGGAUGCAUCAUGAGUAGUUGUGUGAAGCCAAAAGAACAGACAGAGGCCAAUCCAGUUGUGCUUCUCCAUGGUUUUGAUAGCUCAUGUUUAGAGUGGAGGUACACUCUUCCAAUGCUUGAGGAUGCUGGAUUGGAGACAUGGGCAGUUGAUAUCCUUGGAUGGGGUUUCUCUGAUUUAGGAAGGCUUCCAUCGUGUGAUGUAGCUUCCAAGCGUGAUCAUCUUUACCAGCUGUGGUCUACCCACAUCAAGAAGCCAAUGGUACUUGUUGGACCUAGUCUUGGAUCUGCUGUUGCUAUUGACUUUUCUGUUAAAUAUCCAGAAGCUGUUGAUAGGCUGGUUUUAAUUGAUGCAAGUGUUUACGCGGAAGGUACAGGAAACCUUGCAACCUUACCCAAAGCAGUAGCUUAUGCUGGGGUUUACUUGUUGAAAAGUCUCCCACUUCGCUUAUAUGCAACUUCAUUAGCUUUCAAUGGCUUACCAUUUAGUACCUGCAUAGACUGGACUAAUAUUGGCCGCUUACAUUGUUCAUUACCUUGGUGGGAGGAUGCAUUGGUGAAUUUCAUGAUCAGUGGAGGUUACAAUGUCAUUUCUCAGAUAGAACAUGUCAAGCAGAAAACACUGAUAAUUUGGGGUGAAGAUGAUCAGAUUAUUGACAACAAGCUUGCAGUGAGAUUGCAUUGUGAACUUCCAAAUGCAAUUCUACGCCAAAUACCAAAAUGUGGCCAUAUCCCUCAUGUGGAGAAGCCUGAUGCUGUCUCCAGGUUGAUAGCGGACUUUGUUCGCCCUGACCAAUCACAGAGGGCAAACCCUGACUCAGUCUCCACCAUCUCAGUUCCGUCUUGAUUACUGGUACUUGUGCAAGCAGAUAGUUAGCAUAUCUCACACGUGAAGAUCCAACUUCCUGGUCCUACCUCGUAAUGAGGUUAGUUUGCCAGUUAUAAUGGUGAAUAUGCUCUCAUUCUUUGAGCACCAUCAACCUCACUGCAUGCAUAUCGAUUGUCAAAGGUGCUUUGGUGCUUUUAACACCAGUAGAGAAGUGUAAUUAAACUGAAUACUUGAGCAGAGUAUUAGCUGAAUGCUUUAGUAAUUAGGAUUCUGGUAUAUUUUUCUUCCAGCACAUGCUAAUCUUAUUUUAUAUCAAUUACCAGUUACUAUGAACUUGUGUGA